AAAAUCCUUUGGGUUUGAAUCUACUGAGGUCAUGAAGACUAGCAGUAUCUCUAUUUCUAAUAGUUAUUAUCUAUUACAAUAAUCAGGUUGAUACAAUGAAGCAUAUUAUAAAGAUUUUGACAUUUCUGGUAGCUAUAUCAGCCUUUUGGAUUGGUCUGUUGCAGACAUCUAUGGUCCCGCGAAGUUAUACUUGGUUGCUACCUAUUUACAUGAUUAUGUCACUGGGAUGCUAUGGCCUACUAAUGGUUGGUGUAGGCCUGAUACAGUUUCCUACUUGUCCUCACGAAGCUGUUUUGUUACAGCAGGACAUUGUUGAGGCCAAGGAUUUCUUAAAGCAAAAAGGCAUUGACUUGGUUUCAAACUGACGAUACUAAUGGAAUCCUUUUGGUUAGCGCCUGGCAUCUGAUAAGUACUGUUUUUUUAACUAGAAAAUGUAUCGAAAACUUUCAUGCAAUAAUCAGGAAGAUAUAUAAGCUAUAAUUUUAAGUUGCAAUUUUCUUUGAUGCUAUUUUCAGUUCAGAAGACUUCACGAUCCUUGUUUGACCAAUUCUAUACCGUCAUCAUGUUACAUUUUAACUUUA